CUGUUGGCGCCAAGAUGGCGAUGGAGAUGAGACUUCCAGUGGCGCGUAAGCCGCUCAGUGAAGCCCUGGGCCGCGAUACUAAGAAACACUUGGUGGUGCCGGGAGACACGAUCACGACGGACACGGGCUUCAUGCGGGGCCAUGGGACGUACAUGGGGGAAGAGAAGCUCAUUGCAUCUGUGGCCGGCUCUGUGGAGAGAGUGAACAAGCUGAUCUGUGUGAAAGCCUUGAAAACCAGGUACAACGGUGAAGUAGGAGACAUUGUAGUAGGGAGAAUCACUGAGGUUCAGCAGAAGAGGUGGAAGGUGGAUACCAACUCCAGGCUGGAUUCGGUGUUGCUCCUCUCGUCCAUGAACCUUCCAGGCGGAGAGCUGAGGAGAAGAUCUGCGGAGGACGAGCUUGCCAUGCGAGGCUUCCUGCAGGAAGGGGACCUCAUCAGUGCGGAGGUCCAGGCAGUGUUCUCUGACGGAGCCGUCUCUCUGCACACGAGGAGCCUGAAAUACGGAAAACUGGGCCAGGGCGUGCUGGUGCAGGUUUCCCCGUCCCUGGUGAAGCGGCAGAAGACCCACUUCCACGAUCUGCCGUGCGGCGCCUCUGUGAUCCUGGGUAACAACGGCUUCAUCUGGAUCUACCCGACCCCGGAGCACAAAGACGAGGACGCGGGGGGCUUCGUCGCAAACCUGGAGCCCGUGUCGCUGGCGGAUCGGGAGGUGAUAUCCCGGCUCCGGAACUGCGUCGUCUCGCUGGUGACUCAGAGGAUGAUGCUGUACGACACCAGCAUUCUGUACUGCUAUGAGGCGUCCCUUCCGCACCAGAUCAAAGAUAUCUUAAAGCCGGAAGUAAUGGAGGAGAUCGUGCUGGAAACUCGCCAGAGGCUUUUAGAGCAGGAGGGAUGAGGAGAGGCUUCUGCGGAUGGGACUGUGUCGCACUGGAGCGUGUCUGGGAAGGGAGGGUCCACCCCGUGGUCCCCACGCGCAGCCCAGGCAGGAUCCCACAGACUCCCGACUCAUCUGCUCUGCAGAGUGGUGGGCCUCGGAUAUAGCUCAGUGGCACAAGCGCCUGCCUGGCAAGCACAAGGUCCUGAGUUCAAUUCCUGGUACCAAAAACCAAACAAACAAACAGCAGAGGGCUGUCCCUAGCCCCCAGGCCAGGCCUGCUUUCUCCUGUUAUGGGACAAGGGGCCCGGGGGCUGAACAGUGCCUGUGGACCUAAAGGCCUGGCAAAUCCUAGAAAAGAAGAUAAUUUCGGAUCUUUCAGGUGCACAGUGUCCCGGCGAAUGGCUUCCCCUCCUGGAAUAAUGUAGAGCAUCCUUUGUCUUCCCUCACUCAUGAGGCACUGUCCCCCUGAAAUCGCUCUGGUGGGAAACGUGGCAUCCCUGACCCCCAAGUGGUCUCCAUUCCUCUUCCUCAGGAGCAAGUGUGACACAGGAGGAUACAGUUGGUAAAGCUAACCGGGCAGACAGAUGGAAGAAUAAAGUUCACCCAGCAGCGUCUGCCUGGUUGGAAUCUCAUUUCCCAUGCGCGAUCCUUCAAGUGACAGAUUCAAAGGACCCGCACCUGGCUGCCUGAACCUGCCCUGCCUUUGAGGGGUGUUUGUAAGAAGUCAAGUCCCUGUGAUAACAGAAAAUGAAUGUUCUGGGCCCGUUGUA